GCCACGAAAGGCCAGGAGCAGGCCACGAAAGGCCAGGAGCAGGCCACGAAAGGCCAGGAGCAGGCCACGAAAGGCCAGGAGCAGGCCACGAAAGGCCAGGAGCAGGCCACGAAAGGCCAGGAGCAGGCCACGAAAGGCCAGGAGCAGGCCACGAAAGGCCAAGAGCAGGCCACGAAAGGCCAGGAGCAGGCCACGAAAGGCCAGGAGCAGGCCACGAAAGGCCAGGACCAGGCCACGAAGGCCACGAAAGGCCAGGAGCAGGCCACGAAAGGCCAGGAGCAGGCCACGAAAGGCCAGGAGCAGGCCACGAAAGGCCAGGAGCAGGCCACGAAAGGUCAGGAGCAGGCCACGAAAGGCCAGGAGCAGGCCACGAAAGGCCAGGAGCAGGCCAGGAAAGGCCAGGAGCAGGCCAGGAAAGGCCAGGAGCAGGCCACGAAAGGCCAGGAGCAGGCCACGAAAGGCCAGAAGCAGGCCACGAAAGGCCAGGAGCAGGCCACGAAAGGCCAGGAGCAGGCCACGAAAGGCCAGGAGCAGGCCGCGAAAGGCCAGGAGCAGGCCACGAAAGGCCAGGAGCAGGCCACGAAAGGCCAGGAGCAGGCCACGAAAGGCCAGGAGCAGGCCACGAAAGACCAGGAGCAGGCCACGAAAGACCAGGAGCAGGCCACGAAAGGCCAGGAGCAGGCCACGAAAGGCCAGGAGCAGGCCACGAAAGGCCAAGAGCAGGCCACGAAAGGUCAAGAGCAGGCCACGAAAGGCCAGGAGCAGGCCACGAAAGGCCAGGAGCAGGCCACGAAAGGCCAGGAGCAGGCCACGAAAGGCCAGGAGCAGGCCACGAAAGGCCAGGAGCAGGCCACGAAAGGCCAGGAGCAGGCCACGAAAGGCCAGGAGAAGGCCACGAAAGGCCAGGAGCAGGCCACGAAAGGCCAGGAGCAGGCCACGAAAGACCAGGAGCAGGCCACGAAAGGCCAGGAGCAGGCCACGAAAGGCCAGGAGCAGGCCAAGAAAGGCCAGGAGCAGGCCAAGAAAGGCCAGGAGCAGGCCACGAAAGGCCAGGAGCAGGCCACGAAAGGCCAGGAGCAGGCCACGAAAGGCCAGGAGCGGCACGAAAGGAGCAGGCCACGAAAGGCCACGAAAGGCCAGGAGCAGGCCACGAAAGGCCAGAAGCAGGCCACGAAAGGCCAGGAGCAGGCCACGAAAGGCCAGGAGCAGGCCACGAAAGGCCAGGACCAGGCCACGAAAGGCCAGGAGCAGGCCACGAAAGGCCAGGAGCAGGCCACGAAAGGCCAGGAGCAGGCCACGAAAGGCCAGGAGCAGGCCACGAAAGGUCAGGAGCAGGCCACGAAAGGCCAGGAGCAGGCCACGAAAGGCCAGGAGCAGGCCACGAAAGGCCAGGAGCAGGCCACGAAAGGCCAGGAGCAGGCCACGAAAGGCCAGGAGCAGGCCACGAAAGGCGCUCAUCCUCAAGCAGAAUGCGGGCAAGCCACGAAAGAGAGGCGAAGAGGUGCAGCCGCCACGCUUAUCCUCAACCAGAAUGGGGGCCAGGGGGAAGAGGCGCAGCCGCGAAGAGGUGCAGCCGCCACGCUUAUCCUCAACCAGAAUGGGGGCCAGGGGGAAGAGGCGCAGCCGCGAAGAGGCGCAGCCGCCACGCUUAUCCUCAACCAGAAUAGGGGCGAAGAGGUGCAGCCGCCACGCUUAUCCUCAACCAGAAUGGGGGCCAGGGGCAAAAGGCGAAGAGGUGCAGCCGCCACGCUUAUCCUCAACCAGAAUGGGGGCCAGGGGGAAGAGGCGCAGCCGCGAAGAGGUGCAGCCGCCACGCUUAUCCUCAACCAGAAUGGGGGCCAGGGGGAAGAGGCGCAGCCGCGAAGAGGUGCAGCCGCCACGCUUAUCCUCAACCAGAAUGGGGGCCAGGGGGAAGAGGCGAAGAGGUGCAGCCGCCACGCUUAUCCUCAACCAGAAUGGGGGCGAAGAGGUGCAGCCGCCACGCUUAGCCUCAACCAGAUAGAGGCGAAGAGGUGCAGCCGCCACGUUUAUCCUCAACCAGACUGGGGCCAGGGGAAGAGGCCAUCCGCCACGCUUCUCCUCGACCAGAAUAGGCAGCCGCCACCUUAUCCCGGUGCCAUGCAAGAGUUCAAGCCGCCACGCCUAUCCUCAACCAAAGGUGGGGCCCCAUGGGAAGAGGCGAGAGGUGCAGCCUCCACGCUUAUCCUCACCAGAAAGGGGCGAAGAGGUGCAGCCGCCACGCUUAUCCUCAACCAGAAUGGGGGCCAGGGGCAAAAGGGGUGCAUCAACCAGAAUGGGGGCCAGGGGGAAGAGGCGCUCAUCCUCAAGCAGAAUGCGGAAGCCACAACAAGAGGCGCAGCCGCCACGCUUAUCCUCAACCAGAAUAGGGGCCAGGGGGUACAGCCGCCACGCUUAUCCGGUGCCAGGCGAAGAGGUGCAGCCGCCACGCUUAUCCUCAACCAGAAUGGGGGCCAGGGGGAAGAGGCGCAGCCGGGUGCCAGGCGAAGAGGUGCAGCCGCCACGCUUAUCCUCAACCAGAAUGGGGGCCAGGGGGAAGAGGUGCAGCCGCCACGCUUAUCCUCAACCAGAAUAGGGGUCAGGGGGUACAGCCGCCACGCUUAUCCAGUGCCAGGCCAGGGGGAAGAGGCGCAGCCGCCACGCUUACCGCCACGCUUUUCCGGUGCCAGGCGAAGAGGUGCAGCCGCCACGCUUAUCCUCAACCAGAACAGGGGGAAGAGGCGCAGCCGCCACGCUUAUCCUCAACCAGAAUUGGGGCCAGGGGGUACAGCCGCCACGCUUAUCCGGUGCCAGGCGAAGAGGCGAAGAGGUGCAGCCGCCACGCUUAUCCUCAACCAGAAUGGGGGCCAGGGGCGAAGAGGUGCAGCCGCCACGCUUAUCCUCAAGGCCAGAAUGGGGGCCAGGGGGAAUACGCAGCCGCCGCGCGAGAGGCGAAGAGGUGCAGCCGCCACGCUUAUCCUCAACCAGAAUGGGGGCCAGGGGGAAGAGGUAGAAGAGGUGCAGCCGCCACGCUUAUCCUCAACCAGAAUGGGGGCCAGGGGGAAGAGGCGCAGCCGCCACGCUUAUCCUCUCAACCUGAAGAAGACGGAGGCGCAUGCAGAAGUGGUGCUUAUCUUCAACCUGAAGAAAGACAGAGACGGGACGAGGCCGGAGGGCUCGCAUGCAGAAGUGGCUCGCUUAUCCUCAACCAAUAUGGGGUACCAGGCGCUCAUCCUCAAGCAGAAUGCGGGCGCCACGAAAGAGAGGCAAAGAGGUGCAGCCGCCACGCUUAUCCUCAACCAGAAUGGGGGCCAGGGGGAAGAGGCGAAGAGGUGCAGCCGCCACGCUUAUCCUCAACUAGAAUGGGGGCGAAGAGGUGCAGCCGCCACGUUUAUCCUCAACCAGAAUGGGGGCCAGGGGGAAGAGGUGAAGAGGUGCAGCCGCCACGCUUAUCCUCAACCAGAAUGGGGGCGAAGAGGUGCAGCCAUCACGCUUAUCCUCAACCAGAAUGGGGCCCAAGGGGAAGAGGCGCAGCCGCAAAGAGGUGCAGCCGCCACGCUUAUCCUCAACCAGAAUAGGGGCCAGGGGGAAGAGGCGAAGAGGUGCAGCCGCCACGCUUAUCCUCAACCAGAAUGGGGGACAGGGGGAAGAGGCGCAGCGAAGAGGUGCAGCCGCCACGCUUAUCCUCAACCAGAAUGGGGGUGUGUUAUCCUCAAGCAAUAUGGGGUCCACGGUGCGUGGUCUCAACCUGAAGAAGACGGAGGCGGGGACAAGGCCGGAGCGCUUAUCCUCAACCAAUAUGGGGUCCCAGGUGCGUGGUUUCAACCUGAAGAAGAUGGAGGCGGGGACAAGACCGGAGCGUUUAUCCUCGAGGUCAGGAGGUGCAGCCGUGCAUGGUCUCAACUCGAAAAGGAUGGAGGCGGGGACCAGGAUGGAGGCGGGGACCAGGCCGGGGCGAGCAUCCUCAACCAAUAUGGGGUCCCAGGUGCCUGGUCUCCACUCCAAGAAGACCGGGGCGGGGACGAGGCCGGAGCGCUUAACCUCAACCAAUAUGGGGUCCCAGGUGUGUGGUCUCCACUCGAAGAGGACGGAGGCCGGGACAAGGAUGGAGGCGGGGACAAGGCCGGAGUGACCAAGGCGGGGACGAGGUCGGAGCGCUUAUCCGAUCUUAUCCUCAACCAAUGUGGGGUGCGCGGUGUCAACCUGAAGAAGAUGGAGGCGGGGACAAGGUGUGUUAUCCUCAAGCAAUAUGGGGUCCACGGUGCGUGGUUUCAACUUGAAGAAGACGGAGGCGGGGACAAGCCCGGCGCAGCCGCCACGCUUAUCCUCAACCUGAAUGGGGUCCAGAGGUGCAGCCGCCACAUUUAUCGUGCAGCCGCUACGCUUAUCUUCAACCUGACUAGCGCAGCCGCCACGCUUAUCCUCAACCUGAAUGGGGCGCGUAGACUCAACCCGAAGAAGACGGAGGCGGAGACGAGGCCGGAGCGCUGGUCCUCAACCAAUGUCCUCAACCAAUAUGGGCUUUCAGGUGCAUGGUUUCAACCUGAGAAGAAGACGAAGGUGCGUGGUCUCACCCCGAAGAAGACGGAGGCGGGAGACGGAGGCAAGGACGAGGGCAGAGCGCUUAUCCUCAACGUUCCAGGUGCGUGGUCUCAACCCGAAGAAUGCGAAGGCGGGGACCAGGCCGGAGCGCUUAUCCUCAACCAAGAUGGGGUUCCAGGUGCGUGGUCUCACAGCCCGAAGAAGACGGAGGCGGGGACGAGGUACGUGGUCUCACAGCCCGAAGAAGACGGAGGCGGGGACGAGGCCGGAGCGUUUAUCCUCAACCAAGAUGGGGUUCCAGGCGCGGACGAGGCCGGGGCGUUUAUCCUCAACCAAGAUGGGGUCGCAGGUGCCUGGUCUCACACCCCGAAGAAGACGGAGGCGCGAACGAGGUGCGUGGUCUCACAGCCCGAAGAAGACGGAGGCGGGGACGAGGCCGGAGCACUUAUCCUCAUCCAACAUGGGGUCCCAGGUGCGCGGUCUCAGCCCGAAGAAGACGGAGGCGGGGACGAGGCCGGAGCGAUUAUCCUCAACCAAGAUGGGGUCCCAGGUGCGCGGUCUCAGCCCGAAGAAGACGGAGGCGAGGAUGAGGUGUUCAUUCUCAAGCUGAACGAAGCUGGAGGUCGGCAUGUCUGA